AUGCAGGCGCGCCCCGCCAACAAACUGAAACUGAACGAUACACCGUACUUCCUGCGAGGCUGGUGCAUUGCAGAGGUGCAGUGGACCGGUACCAGAAAAAAGGUCGACGGAUUUGCGCCUAUGAGCCCGUCAGACUUUCGAGCGCGUGUAGAGCGAGGGGAGCAGGGCCUUGCAGACGGCUUGUUUCUGAAAUUCACACACCGCUCAGAUGCGGAGCUUGUGAUGCAGUUGCAAGAGAAGGUAUGGGUUGAGCAUGCAGUGAAGCGUACAGAGCUUGGUGCCAUGAGAUUGCCUCAGAGCGAGCUGCUAGUUCUCGCGGAUGCGCUGCAGCAUUUCGUUAACCUCCGGCGGUUAGUGCUGCAGCAGUGUCAAUCCUUCGCAAAGGAUGGUGCUGCGGCACUCGCCCAUGGCAUGACCUUCCUGAGGUACAUUGAAGACUUUGGCGUGCAGGAAACCGAGAUCGAUGACGAUUGUGUAGCAGCCCUCGCACAGGCAUUUCGAGCAUGCAGCAGUCUCACACGUAUUUGGCUGACAAGGUCCCGCAUUGGAGAUGCGGGAGCUGCGGCCCUAGGUGCAGCGUUUGUGGACUGCAAGAAUUUGGUGGAUUUCGAUUUGUCCGGGAACAACAUCGGAGAUGUUGGCACAGCUGCCUUGGACGCAGCCCGUCAGCAAACUCGAAAGAACCUGCAGAGAAGAAUUCGUGAAGCAGGAUGA